AUGCCAAAAAGAGCUCACAUAAAAGCGAAGCCUGUCAGGCUUACAAAUGGAAAUUUGGUAUUCGAAUGUCCAGUACCUAACUCGCUUCUUAAAAAAGUUAAAUACACUAAAAGUGAAGAGUUUACGGAUAUAAGAUACACAGCUAUCACAUGCGAUCCAGACGAGUUUGAAAUAAAAAAAUAUUUAAUUCGACAAAAAAAAUAUAAGCGAGAUACCGAAAUAAUGAUUGUUAUUACAAUGUAUAAUGAAAACGAUACUCUCUUUAUUAAAACAAUGUCUUCUGUCAUAAAAAAUGUCGCCUAUAUUUGUUCAAAAAAAAGUUGGGGAGAUGAAGGUUGGCAAAAAAUUGUCGUGUUAAUAGUGUCAGAUGGUCGUAAUAAAAUAAAUAAAUGGACUCUAAAUGUCUUGAGCGCUAUGGGCUGUUACCAAGAUGGAAUUAUGCAAGAUUGUGUCAAAAAAAAAGCUGUUACUGCACAUCUUUUCGAAUAUACUACACAAUUAAUGGUCGAUAAUGAUUUUAAUGUCAAAGGGAAAGACUAUAAUAUCCCACCAGUACAGGUUAUGUUUUGUUUAAAAGAAAUAAAUGCAAAAAAAUUAAAUUCUCAUCGUUGGUCUUUCAAUGCUUUUGCUCCUCUUUUGAACCCAAAUAUUUGUAUUUUACUUGAUGUGGGCACAAAACCUUCGCAAACCUCAGUUUAUCACUUGUGGAAAGCUUUUAAUAGUGAUCCUCAUGUUGGUGGUGCUUGUGGAGAAAUUAAAGUAGAUCUUGGUCAUAAAUGUAGAAACCUUCUUAAUCCUUUAAUUGCUUCUCAAAAUUUCGAAUAUAAAAUGUCUAAUAUCUUAGACAAACCAUCUGAGUCUGUUUUUGGUUACAUCUCAGUAUUACCAGGCGCUUUCUCUGCAUACAGGUAUAAAGCAAUAAUAAAUGGACCAUUGGAAUCAUACUUUAAAGGUGAGACUAUGCAUGGGUCAGAUGCUACUAAGACUGGUAUAUUUGAAGCAAACAUGUACCUGGCAGAAGAUUGUAUUUUAAGUUUUGAGCUUGUCAUUAAGAAAAAUGAAUCAUGGAAAUUAAAAUACGUAAAGUCAGCUAAAGCAGAAACUGAUGUCCCAGACAAUGUGCCUGAAUUUAUUUCCCAACGUCGUCGCUGGUUGAAUGGAUCUUUCUUUACUGCUUUCUAUUCUAUUUCCAAAUUUAAUCGUAUUUGGAGAUCUGGACAACCAUUUUUUCGCAAAAUAUUAUUACAAAUACAAUUCGUUUAUAAUGGCCAUGGAGAUAAUUUAUUUGAUGCUGCACAAUCAUUGUAUUUAAUAAUUAUUGUAAUAAUUUUCAUUUGUUCAAUGGGUAAUCGUCCUCAAGGAACAAAAUUGAUAUACACACUCUGUAUAGUCCUCUUUGCAAUUAUCAUGGCAUUUAUGCUUUACUGUUCAAUUUAUAUUAUGUAUCUCACUGUAUCUAAAGCAGUACCACCAAUAGAUUUUAAGAACCUUUCGAAUAUUCAAGAAACUUUAAGGAAUGCAGCAUUCCGUGAUAUCAUAAUUUCUGUUGUUUUAACUUACUUACUAUAUCUUUUUUCAGCUUUUAUUCAUUGUGAACCAUGGCAUAUGUUCAGCUGUUUAGUUCAAUACCUUUUACUUGUUCCUUCAUAUGUAAAUAUUAUUAUGAUUUAUGCUUUUUGUAAUACUCAUGAUGUUUCAUGGGGUACAAAAGGAGAUAAUAUUAAUAUUGGAAAUCUGAACGGAGUACUGCUAACUGAAGAAGAUUCAGAAUCCGUUAAAAUUAAUAUAAUUGAAGAAGAUGAGGAUAAAAAUGCUGCAUACGAAAAUAUUAUCCAGGAGUUAAAAAAUAAAGAUCAUGAAAAGAAAAAACACCGCAAUGACAUUAUAAAGAAAGAUGAUUAUUAUAGAUUGUUUAGAACAAAUUUUGUUCUUUCAUGGAUAUUUACAAAUGGGUGA